AUGCAAAACCGAAUUGAUCGGUUAGAAGGCUUGGUUUUAUCAUUAAUGACAAAUGGAAACCAGGCUGCAGGUCCGGCGGCAGCCAUGGCAGCAAUCUCCGGAGAGAGUAGUGUGGGGUCCACGAGGCUUUCUAAUGACCUUGACCUUGACCUUGACCUUGAUCUCGACGAUGACAUUCCUGAGGGCGCUGAGGAGAGUGAUACAGAGCAGGUCACAAAGUCCUUUGGCGUGAUGAAGGUGGACAAUAACAAAUCCUACUAUAUCAGUCCAGCUCACUGGGCAUCUGUGUUAAAUGAUAAACAGCUUGAAGAACAAGUAGAAAAGAUCAACGCGGCUCGUCCACAGACAGAUGUUCCUGGGUCGACUUUACUAUUCGGAGUGAUGAAACCUCUGAGUCGGGCAGAAAUAUUGGCUUCAUUACCCUCAAAAUAUACGACCGACCUUCUAGUUGCUCGAUAUUUCAACAGCUACGAUCCUGCGACACACAUCCUUCAUGGCCCAACAUUCCAAUCACAGUAUAACAGGCAUUGGGAGGACCCCUCUCAAACUGAGAUUGUCUGGAUUGCGAUGCUGUUUGCUAUGAUGAGACUGGCCAUGCUUUCCUUCUUUCGAGAGAGGGAUGAACCGCCUGAGUUCAAGGGUAAGGCGAUGGAUAUGGCUGGAUCAUUCAGGAACUCUGUUGCACAAUGCCUCACAUUGGCAGAUUACACAAAGCCACAUCCGCAUCUAAUCGAGUGCCUGGGUUUUCAUCUACACGGUGACUUCUCACAGUCUCGGGAAGCAGAUGUGUCUGUAUGGGUAUUGACGGGCGUGAUAGCCCGCUUAGCCAUGCGAAUGGGCUACCACCGUGACUCAAAGAUGUUUCCCAACAUUAGCCCUUUCCAAGGCGAGAUGCGUCGCCGUGUAUGGACUUUUGUUCGGAUGUUAGAUCUGCUGUUCUCCUUCCAGGUCGGCAUGCCGAGCAUGCUCCGGUCUGCCGACAGUGACACAGAACUCCCAAGAAACCUUUAUGAUGAUGAUUUUGAUGAGGACUGUAAAGAGCUGCCACAAUCUCGCCCACUGAGUGAACCAACGCCGAUCGCCUACAUGAUCAGCAAGGCUCGUCUUGUUCUUGUCUUUGGUCGUGUCAAUGAGCAUGCCUCGUCCAGCUCAAAUACCUCAUAUGACAAAACCAUGGAGAUUGAUGCCGAUCUCCGACGUGCGAGAGAUAUGAUCCCUGAACACUUGCGUCUUCGCCCAAUGGAAGAUUGUCAGUUGGAUCCGUGGCAGCUCGUUAUGUCUCGUUACUCGGUGAACACAGUCUAUCACAAGGCUCAGAUUGUGUUACAUAGGCCUUAUCUCGUCCGUGCUCGCGAAAACCCUCGGUUCACGUACUCACGACGGACAUGUAUCGACUCGGCUAUGGAAAUGCUUGGGAUCCAGGCAACUUUGCACGCAGAAACGCGGAGUGGGCGAUUACGUGGUCGUUCUAAUCCAGUCACUUCGAUAAGCUCUGGAGACUUCCUCUUGGCCGCGACAAUCGUAAGUCUUGAUCUACACCAUGGGUACCAACUCCAAGCAUCGGGUCGACCGUCUGGUGAUACCUACACCUGGGGCCGUGAACGUCGCGACGAGAUGACUACCGCAAUGCAGCGCUCGAAAGAGAUCUGGGACGAAUUGCGCGAUGUGAACAUGGAGGCAUAUAAAGCUAGUAGCAUUCUUGGUGUGAUGCUCAGCAAGUUGCGUAACACCCAACCCAACCUUGAGAACAGCGCUGGGAACACCAUGUUUGAGCCACAGGAUGAGAAGCAGAACGCUGCUAUGACGCUGGGUUUGUUGAGUAGUGGCAUGAGCCCGAUGAACCCGGGACCAUCGCCCUUCCCAGAUUCAAUGAUGAGAAUGAACGAUUCACCAAUGCCCGCGGGCACGAUGGGCGCGACCACCUCGGCUGAGAUGCCAGGUGGAGCCCUGUCGCCCUUUUCCAGCAUGUUCGGUCAGAUGCCGGACAUGCAAGCAAACCUUGAUUGGGUAAGGCUUCCUAAUUCAAAAGGACCUGACGUUGAUGUGUUGCCAGUCACUAAUAUGAUAUUUUUUCAGGAUGCUUGGGAUAACUAUAUCCAAAACCCUGCAUUUGACUCCUCAACACAGUUUUGGCCAUUGAUGGACCCCUCUGGACAGACUGUGCAGCCUGCUGGGUUGACGACACAGCCCCCCUCAAACAGCCCAAUUGCACAAUCACGGAUGCCCGGUGGAAUACCGCCGAUGCAGAAUGGAAUGCAGAAUGGUGGUGGUGCUGGUCGAGUCCCGAGCAUGUUCUCACCUUCUUCGACUGGUGAGAGCACUGGGUCUUCGGUGCCUGUAUACACACCCAUGUCACAGGGAAGUAGUAACGGCCGGAGUCAAGGAUCUAUUUAG